UUUCUUUAUAAUAAACAUUGGAAGAUUGAGAGAACCUAAUUACAGAGAUAAUGGAGAAGACGAAGAGGUACCUGGAGAAGCACGACGAUGGCGAUGAUCGGAACCUUGCGUCCGCCAUUGAUGACCUUCCCCUCCGAUUCUACGAACAGUUCGUCAUGACUGGUCUCCGCGUUGAUCUCAUCGAGCCUGGUCGCGUCGUUUGCUCUCUCAAAGUACCCGCUCGAUUGCUCAACGAGAAUAAUUCCUUGCACGGGGGAGCCACGGCGGCGCUUGUGGAUUGUAUUGGUUCCGCAGCGAUAAAGACUUUCGGCGUUUCCACCACCGGAGUCUCCGUCGAAAUUAAUGUUUCGUACAUGGAUGCCGCUUAUCUCGAUGAGCAGAUCGAGAUCGAGAGCAAGGUUUUGCGAAUGGGAAAGACCAUUGCAGUGGUCAAUGUUGAAUUGAGGAAGAAAAGCAAUGGUAAAAUUGUUGCUCAGGGUCGCCACACCAAGUACCUUGCCAUCUCCAGCAAGUUGUAGUAGUUACGAACAACUUCUUUCGACCUCUCGCUCGGAUGUUAGAUUCUUGCCUCCGACAGAUGUCCCAUGCCACGUUUCGUGAAUCAUGUCUGAAAAUGAAUGAAUUGUGAUAUAGCACUGAAUAAACGUAGCUCUACUCCUGACUAUUUUUCGAUAUAUUACAUUUUGUAGCUUCAACUAAGAAAUAUAAUGACAAUUAUCUUUUACACUCUGUUGCA